UUAGCUGAAAUGGCGGGUGCCUACGCGUUGGGGCUACUGUUCGUCUUCGGACUUGCGCAGGCAUAUCCGACUUUAAUAGAGAACGAGCCGGCUUACAUUUCAGACAUCAAAGGUUCCAGUACUCGUAUCGUUGGAGGAUGGGAGGCUGAAUUAGGCCAGAUUCCACACCAGAUCAGCAUUCGUAUGGUAGCGGCGACUGGUGCAGUGUCCUCUUGUGGAGGAUCUAUUAUUCACAACAAUUGGGUCAUCACUGCGGCUCACUGCCUCGCUAACCGUAUUACAUUUGUGAUACGUUUUGGAGUUGUGGAAGUUAUACGUCCAACGUAUAUCAUUGAGGAGGACGCAAGUAACGGUUUUAUUCAUCCUGGUUAUAACGUGAAUGUCAACACAGUGCAGAGAGACGACAUCGCUCUGGUUCAAUUGAGUCAAAGCAUUCCUUACGGACCCAAUAUUCAGCCGAUUCGCUUGCAAAGCUCUGAACAGAAAGACGUUGAUUACACCGAUGUAGUUCUCACUGUGAGCGGCUUUGGUUUGACCAAUGAUCUUUGGAAUGGUGGAGCCGCAUCCCCAGUUCUCCUGUGGACCCUCAACCGAGGCAUCAGCAACGCGGAAUGCCGGCGCUGGUUCCUUUCCAUUCACCCGCAAACUGUUUGCGCACAGUACUACAACAACACAAUUCAAUCGGCUUGCUCGGGAGACAGCGGUGGUCCACUGACAAUGGUAGAUGAGGACGGUAAACUCACCAUGAUUGGCAUUGUGAGCUUUGGCUCCACUGCGGGCUGUAGUAGCCUAUUCCCCACAGCUUACGUCCGUCCUGGAUACUACCAGGACUGGAUCUAUGAUGUAACAGGCAUCGACUUCGAUUGGAGCAGCUCUUCUCAGCCUGAACCAGAGCCUGAACCUCAACCUGAGCCUGAGCCAGAGCCUGAACCAGAACCAGAGCCUGAACCUCAACCUGAGCCUGAGCCAGAACCUGAGCCUGAGCCAGAACCUGAACCUGAGCCAGAACCUGAACCUGAGCCAGAACCUGAACCUGAACCUCAACCUGAGCCUGACCCAGAACCUGAGCCUGAGCCUGAACCAGAACCUGAGCUUGAACCCGAGUCAUUAUACUACUAA